AUGUCUCACUCAGGAGCCGGAGGGAAGCAGCCGGUGAGAAGCAGCAAGCAGUACGACUCCUACCUGCUACGCUAUCAAGAUAUGAAACACAUGCAGGAGAGCAAGAACCAGCCCAAAAACCAGCAGAACAUGCAAAGACAAGAGCCAGACAGCGGCGCGACGUACGAGACGUACGCAGAGAUGCCGCAGAUAGAAGAAGAACUGAGCGACGAGAAAGCCUCCAAAAAGAAAGGAUGCAAGACCAAACUGUGCGUCCUGCUCUGA